AAUUGAAUUAUCGUUGGAGACUGAUUUCGUUCGAGGCCUCGGCGAUGAAAGAGCGUUUCUCGGUUACUCCGGAAAACGACUUCUCGUCGACAGCCAGAUUGCGAUGUCGGCAGCGUAGAACGUGUCGACGUGGACCCCGUGGAGAAUCGGUGGCGACUCUAUACGCGCAUUUCUCAAAAUAGCCCUAUCCGCACCACCCCGCCGUACAUCUCGUGACGCCUUUUCGGGUCGCGCUUAGUUACCGUCUCUCGAGGAGGACUGGCAUCAUCAUCCAGUAUCCAGUAAGCACCCCGCGAUAAACCGACAUGUGUGCACUGGCCGACCGCGAAGGAGGUGCUCGUGCGAUGUAUACAUUUCCGAGUGGAUAUCCGUUCAGAAAGAUAUCGAUCAUACAUUCGGAUAAUCGCGGCUAGUUAAUUAUACGAUUUAAAUCCGAAGACUGAGACACAAAGCCGUCCACGAAUGUUACGUCGCCCCCACUCACCGAACUCCAAGAAGAUUGACGUCUGUUUCAAAAUUGGUUUGAGCUGUCAGGAGGCCUAUAUAUUAAAUCGAACGUCUCUGACCGUCUGAGUCAUAAACAACCCAUUACUUAUCGCGAAAAUUGGAAUCUUGUUCCAUCUUUUUGAUGUGUGUGCGUGUAUAACGUAUGUGAAUUAUUCAGAGAGAAAUCGCCAUUUUUCAGAGAUCAUAAGUGCGAAAAAAUAAUUUCACGUGCACGUAAGAUAUUCAAAUUCAUCUCUGACCGCCAUUCAGCGAGACUAAAUGGUACAAGCGAGAUUUUCGAAGAGAUUAGCGCAUCGGUUUUCGUAACAUGGCACAUGACUGGCUCGAUGACUAUGCAUCAUUAUUGCGCACAUUUAUUAUUGCGUCGGUGGUCGUCGUCAUAUAUACGAAAAGUGCCGCCUUAUUCCAGAUAUAUUCUUAGUGCGACUGUACGUUGCGCUCCAAAUUUAUAUUGUGCUAAUUAUACGCGUCUCGUCGUCGCUCAGUUUGUUGCAAGAGACAAAGAGAGACCACGGUGGUUGCAACGAUUGCGGAAGUUGUUGUGUAAUACUCAAACGACAAACUGACAAGUCACAAGGGAGGAAAGGAGGGGGAUUUCGUGCAACGAAAUUAUUCAAUACGAGGAAGCUACUUUGAUGAAUUGGAUUUUUUUCGAGCAUCGACGUUAGAGUUUUUUUAUCAGCGAUGUUGUCGGAACGAAAAGAAACUAUUCGCGCUACGAUAGUUCUCGAAUAUACGGAAAUCCGAAAAUAGAUCAAGUAACAGGAAUAUGCAAUAUCGCAGUAUUACUAUCCUUCUGCGAAAAACUGUGCUACAGACGAAACUGUGAAGCACGAGCAUGACUCAACUCGAAGAGACGUUAUUAUAUAAGAUCUCUCUUCGAUGCAUCACGGAAUCGGUCGAGAGAAUUGCAUGAGCGACCGCAAGUGUCACGCGUAAUCAUCAGCAAAACUUUGUGUAGAGAAAAAGAGAGAAAGAGAGAGACACAAAUCCAUGAACAGAAGAAGAAUUCGGACGAGAGAACCGGAACAUCGUCUCCUGAAGAAGAAGAAGAGGGCGGAUCGUUCGGAUGUUUCCCUAUCGCGGCAAGAGAGCCGAUUGAAGAACGACAAUGUCCUGCGGUGGAUAAAGGCGCGACGACGGAGAUUGAGGAAGAGGAGAGGCGCGAGAUGUACGGACGUAAAGAUAAUUCGGCGGGCGACGGAGGUGCGAGUCAGGUGCCACCGUGGCUCGUGCGCGCCGAAGUCACGAUCCGUCAUGGCGACACGGUGACCUCCGAGACCGUGCAAAUGCCGCCGGGCACCACCACGACCGCCGACGCGGGUGGCAUCCGCAUGAUUUGUCGCUGGAACACAAACGAGCCGUCCAACUCCACGACAGCCGUGCCAAUCACCGAUGCGUUUCCGUCAUCCUCGGGCGGUUUCGGCUUUCAACGGGGAAAUAUACUGUUCACGUCCACGCCGCCCGAGAGACCGUCCCAGAAAUCGUCAAAUGACAGAUCCUACACUCUACCGCGUUCAAGCUCAUCGGGCAACGAAGACUCUGUCUUGUCCAGGAGCCGAGCCAAUGAUUCCGGCUACAAUAGUGAACAGUUCUCGCGCGCCUACUCCAGUCUACCUUCGCGACGUCCGUCUCAGCAAUAUAAUCGUCGGUGUAAGAGCACGUGUAAGAUUGUACUGUCCACUACUCCUGAGAAACCCGCGAGUUCCAUCGAAUCUGUCGAUUCCUGGCAUCAUCGGCCCUCCUCGCACCAACGUUUCUCCCGUCAACAAUUCAGCGCGGUUCCAGAAGUCUGCGAAGAUUGCGCAGAGGGAAGCGCAUCGAGCGCCUUCACCACGCAUUUUUGCACUCGCGUCGCGGAAAAGACCGCGAGUAACCGGGCCACAGCGAUCAGCAGAGACGCGGCUUCGCAAACCACCGACAUCGAAUCGGUGCGGUCUUCUUCAACUGUGAAAAGUAGUAGAGUUGGGAGGAGAUUAGGCGCUGGUGCCUACAAAUCUGACGAGCAAAAAAAGAAGGAGGAAAUUCGAUCGUCUCCAGCAUCGAUUGAGACCACCAGUUCCGGUCCUCCCAUUGACACGGAAAAAUCGGAUUCUUCCGCGAAAGAGAACAGCAGUAGCAAACGCAAGUCGCGGACGGUACAUAUCGACGUGUAUUGCACAGGAUCCGACGACGACGCCAGCACAGACACGACCAGCGAGAACGAACGCAGCACGCCCAUGACCGUUUUUGAAAACGAAGAUGUCAAAGUCACUCAUACGCAGGCAACGAAUAACUUACCGCGGGGAUUCCAGGACGCGAAUGCGUUCCUAAAGCGCAGCGCUGAACGACGAUGCGCGAGCUUUCGAAAUACACCGAUGAGAAUGCCCUCGUUGGCCAGUUCCAAGGGAUACGACAGCGACGAGGUGCUGAGCUCUCUCUAUCCCUCGCGAUUCAGUUCGUAUAGCGGGAUACGAGAUCUAGAUUCCGCUCCGUCUAUGGCGUCAUCCAGUACAGCUCUCUCUCCGUGCGAUUCGACGAUUAUGACGUCAUCGAAGGACACGUUCUCGGACAUCGAAUCCCUGAUCAACAGUAAAUCCGGCUUGACUCCUUGUGAUAGCUUUGAAUACGCCAAUUCCGCGGAUCGUGAUAGAAUACGUAAAAUGGAUAUUUUAGCGAAAGCCGGUGAUGAAAAGAAGAAGACUUGGCGAUCGCCGCAAAUCGAACGGAAGCAUCUCCUACAAAAUAGGAAGAUGAGGGAGUACUUGGAGAAACACGAGAUAGGUUGGUCAUCUGGAGAAAGUGCCGAGGAUUCCGAUGAGAGUGGAGCAGUUGGUUGGAAUUUCAUAGCCGGCGAUGACAAGUCACUCGUUAAAAAAGAUUCGAUCAUACAUCGCACGAACAAGGACCAAACGAAAGAAUCCAAUGCGACACGCGGCAAUUAUGUCCCGUAUUCGAAUGUUCUACGUGAUCGUAUCGGUCCGUUUAGAUCCAAGAGCCCGUCUCCUCUUCCUUCAACCAUACCCUCCCGCGUAACGUCUCCCUUUGCUGCGCCAUACGGAGAAAGAACUGAUCAUAUUAUGAAAGCUUCAAGAUUUGGAACUGUAAUCAGCGCGUUUCGAAAGCCCGGUCAUCAUAUAGGUCCGUCGAAAAAUCCAACGUGUACGUGCGAACAUUGCCGAAGAUAUUUCGAGGAAGGAGCAACGAGAGGACGGGCUUAUUCGUUGAGUGAACUCGAACGUCAUCCGGCAUUCAAGUCACGAAAAGAGUGACAUCUGAUAUUUCGCAAUAGCUGUUGAAGAUUUGAAACAGCUGAUAUAUCAAUUCUGUAGGCUCUUUACACAAGCUUUCCAUUUUAUUUAUUAUAAGAUAUUUGUAUGCCAUGAAUUGCGUUCCAUUGUUCACGGUUAUUGAAGGACACUGUAAAUUUGUACAUUGUGAUUUGUGUGUUUAAUUUAUAUUUCUCUUGAAAUAUUCCAUAUAUCAUAGCUUUUUUUAUCUAAAUUAUUUCAAAAGAGCUGUUAAACACAUUCUGUGUUGAAAAUUGAGCAUUUAUACAAAUUAACAAGGAUGUAUAUAUUGAUUGCGCUGUUAAUAAAUAUUAAUUA